UAUACUUCACAACGAGCCACGCUGCGGCAAUCAACCCGUCAGUCCGCUUCAGUCCGCCUCAGUCCACCUCUGCGUGAGCUCUUCUUGAUGCGCAUCCAUUCCCUCCUGUUCAGCUCGAUUUCUUGACGUCUGGGUGGUGAUUAUUAUCUCGUGGGAUUCCUGCUUUCCAUUGCUUGUUGUACAUAGCCCAGGCAGAGACAGGGAGGACGCUCUAGAAUCUGCGUCAUCGACGAUGGUGAAUCCAACGAGACCAAACCCCAGAGAGUCUUUUUCAACCGCACUCAGUUAGAGAGGUACAGCCGUGUCGAUGGAUGCCGCGGAUUUGUUUCGGCAAGCUCAGAGCUCGGUCUACCAGGCUCGUCAGGCCAAAUCGGUCCGGGAGAGUAGCCAUGAAAGCGACGACCAUUCGCCCAGAAUCGCGCAUACAUUGACAGCGUGUUGCAGGUGUCGCCAGAGGAAGACAAGAUGUGACCCCAACCUCCCCCGAUGCCUUCCGUGUGAACGGGCCGGCGCUCAAUGCGAGUAUUUCGAUACAACAAAAGGGAAGAAGAUCUCUCGAACUUAUGUCAUCCGACUUCAAGAGAAAGUCCGGGCCCUGGAAGCGGAACUCAGCCAAUAUACGGAAGAAGAAGGGUUUCCACAGAAUACGGAGGAUAUCGUACGACCUGGAGGACUUGUUCACCUAGGUGAGAAUGACGAGACGCCUCGAUUCUUGGGCCCCUCGAGCGGUAUUGCAAUGACGAGAUUGGUCAUGGAAGAGGCGAAGAAAUAUACGGAUUCCAGGAGGAUUCGGGAGCUCGUGCCCGAGGUUCGCCAGCGCCGACCUCCUACUAUGUCUCCAGAAGCAUCUACAGGGCGUAAGAAAUCGUACCCUAUGAUUAGCGCGGUCCCAGCACCAACGUUGCCCGGCCGUUUGGUGACGGACAAGUUGGUAGAGGUCUUCAAUCAGAAAGCUCAAUAUUUACUUCCUACGCUGCAUGAACCAACGUUUGCGAAGGACCUCCAGGAUGUCUAUGACGGAAGUACUGAUCCAUACAAGAACUUUGUUCUUCGAAUGGUGCUUGCAAUCAGCAUGCAGAAGCUGGAUCCUCAAUAUGCUGGUCUAGCAGAUAGUUAUUACUUGGCCGCAAUGGCAUAUAUGGAAGAUGUGAUACGACCGAAGGAUAUCAAAACGUUGCAAUGUUUAGUGCUGAUUGCUCAAUAUUCCUUGUUAACCCCAACACGGACCGCCAUCUACUAUAUCGUGGGUCUUGCUACUAGGCUCUGCCAACAACUUGGCCUCACAGAGGAAAAGACAAUAACUCAAGGCGUAUCACUGGGUUUAGUUAAUCCACUUCAGCUCGAUAUGAAACGUCGCCUUUUCUGGAUAGUUGUUUCCUUGGAAUUUGGUCUUGCACACACCAUGGGAAGACCAAAUGCCUUCGCUACCGGACAAGACCACGUUGAUGUCGGAUUUUUUGAGACCGUAGACGAUGAAAAUAUUACAGCCGACGGUAUUCUGCCGGGUCCGCCGUCAGAAAAGAAGCAAGUUGCCAUACACUUUUUCCGGAUGAGAUUGUUGCAGGCAGAAAUCCGACGGGCAUUGUAUCAGAAGAAACGACCUGAGCCGAAGAAUGAUGAACAUCCCUGGUACGCCCACAUGGAACAAAAGCUCAAGGAUUGGGUUGACGCUUCUCCCGAAAAACCAAACUGGUGCAAACCUUGGUUUAUUAGUAGAUAUAACACAAUGGUCGUGUUUCUUUUCAGACCCUCGCCUCAAGUCCCGAAGCCAUCAGUGCGUUCAGCUAUUAUGUGCUAUGAUGCAUGUACCUAUAACAUCAGGAUGCAGGCCAAGCAAAUAGAGACUGCAAUGGUCGACAUCACAUGGGUAUUCCUGUUGACACUUUUCAUGGCAGUGAAUACAAUUUUGUGGACAAUAUCCUAUCCGGAAGUUCGUUCCUUGCACAGUAAAGAAGAGCUUGAGGAUCACAUAAAUAUAGCCCUUGAUACUAUUAUCAAGUGCCAGGAACGCUGGCCUGGAACCGCAGCCGCCUCCGAUCUCUAUGAGAAGCUUGCCAAGGCUUGUCUGCGAAGUUACGAUAUGAGUGAGGACUCGCAUCCGCCAUCAUCACUAUCCGCGAACUCACCAUCAUCUCUGGAUACCAACUCACCACCCGCAUCAGAGCAUUCCAGUGCUACAACUGGCUCACAAGCAUAUUCGCAAAAGACAUAUAACCCGCCACCUCAGUUUGGUGUUGUGUUUAAUCAGGUUCCGGAACCGAUCCCAACUUUUGACUACAAUAGCUCUCUACCAGCACCAUAUCCCGGCUUUCGGUCCAAUUCGAUCUUUGCAAAUCCAUCCAGCAUGCCGUCCGAUCGCCGUUUUAGUUACUUCCCUCCUGACUGCCCGCAGCCCGCGACUUUGCCGGAGGUUUGGGACCCCACGGCACCAUCGCAACCGCAGGAUGCAACUCAAGAGCCAGCACUUACGGGCUAUCCAGCGAUAUCAGACCCUUCCUACUUCAUGCAACCUACGCCGUACUCUUUCAACCCGCAAAUAUUCUCGGAACAGGUUCACCGCACAGAUAUGCGGCAGGGAAGCCUCAGUCAGCAGCAGCAAAUAGAACUGAUGCAGAGCCUUGAAACGAAUGGGUUGACAGAGAUUGACAACUUCAUGAAUCUCUCGGCGCAGUAUGAGAACUCCAUCAAGCUAUAAAGUCAUUCAUUAUGGUGGUUUUGAAGCUAUUUUUGGGUUUGAUAUUGGUCGACAAUGAAUGUUGCAUUUGUAAAGUCCUGGGAGGUAUUCUUUUGCGGUUUUGAGAUCAA